AUGGUUUUUGUGGCUCUUCGUUCCUCCCUGUUCGCCGGUUCCCCUCAUCGCCUAGUGCGCCCUGCCAUGUCUACUUCACAACAGCUGCGACAGCAGACUCAAUCUCGGCAGAUCUCCUUUUCAUCGUAUCUGGUCACUCCCAAGGAGCUCAGUGAUGCUCUGAAGCGGAAUCCUCCGACCAAGAUCUCGACAUCGCCCCGCGUGGUCCCCGUAUGUGCCGCUUGGUUCAUGCCAAACGACCCCGAAGGGCGCAAGGGGAUCGACGUCUUCCGGAAGCAUCAUAUUCCGCAAGCACGGUUCUUCGACAUUGAUGUGAUCAAAGACAACGACUCCCCGUAUCCGCAUAUGCUACCAACAUGCGAGACGUUUGCAGAGGCAAUGAGUGAGCUUGGUAUCCGCCGAGAUGAUGAGAUCGUGGUGUACGACACAGAGGAGCUUGGAAUUUUCAGUGCCCCGCGUCUAGGCUGGACGCUGAGAGUAUUUGGGCACCCGAACGUGCAUAUCCUUAACAACUACCGCCUGUGGGUUCGUGGAGGAUUUCCGACUGAAAGUGGUGAUUCUGCGCCGGUCGAACGAUCGAAGUACCCCGUGCCCACGUAUGACUCGAAACUGGUGGUUCCCUUUUCCGAGAUGAAGGAGAUUGCCAAAGAUUAUGGAAAGGAGGGCGCUGAGCCGAUCGAAAUUCUGGAUGCCCGUUCCUACGGUCGUUGGGCGGGAACAGAACCCGAACCACGCCCUGGUCUGUCAUCUGGGCAUAUUCCCGGCUCUAAGAGUCUCCCAUUCCAGGAGUUACUGGACCCGGAGACGAAGACUUUUCUUCCUGGAGUGGAGUUGCGCAAGGUGUUCGAGAAGCGGGCGAUUGACCCAUCACAAACGAUAAUCAGCUCUUGUGGUACUGGUGUCACGGCAACAAUCAUCGAGACUGCACUGGGAGAGGCAGAACUGGGUGACCCAAACCUUCGAAGAGUCUACGAUGGAAGCUGGACCGAAUGGGCGCAACGUGUCAAGGAAUCAGACGGCCUGAUCAAGAAACUGAAAGAGCAAUAG